GCUCUACGGAUUUUGCGACUUCUCUCACGUUACCAGCAAGACGUCUUCCCAACUACUCAAUUCUCAAUUGCAAUAAAAGAGGAGCGCCUUAAUUGCGACCGGGGGGAUGGCGUUAAAUACGAGAUAUAUCGAGCUCGCCAAGCAGCUGCACCCGCGACUAUCACGCUUCUUCGCCAAGUACCCCCCGAACCAGAUCCUCCCGACUUCGACGAGGACGAACACAAUCAAGGACGGUGCUACGCCGAAUCCUUUCCUGCCGCAUAAGCACCCGGUAACUGGGAAAUGGCAUGAUCCAGAAUUCUCCCUGAGGCGGCAAGCGGAACUCGUAAAAUUGGCGAGGGAACAGGGAGUGGAGGAGUUACUGCCGUUCACAUCUAAGGGCACUGAGGAGCGCAUACGGCACAGAGUUGCGCACGGUUUGAGGGUUCGCGGUACUGGUGUUGGACAAUCUGUCAAGGGUCACUUGCACGAAAGAAUGCUGGCUGCCAAGAUGGAGAAGAGAAGAACGGCUAUGCUGGGCAUGCCGAGGCUGGUCAGAGAAUGGCGGAAGAUCGGGAAGAACAGAUGGACCAAGUAUCCAAAAUGAACAAUCAUGUCAUGACUUCACGAUGCCGGCAAGGAAAAAAAUGUACAAAAUUUAUGUAUUACUCUAUUCAAAAGAAUUGGAGAAAUCUUUCAAAAAGCC